GACUUUCACAACGUGUUUCCAGUCGAACUCUACUCAUGUUUAGAAUGUAUGAUACCAGUCUGUCUACAAUUUCAUUGUACACGUUCUCCCAAACAAUAACUUGAUGUCACAAGACGUAAGAAAAAGUAUUUUGCAAGAUAUCGGAAAUACCUCUGUACCUGGAAACGAGUGGAUGUUCUUCGUAGCCUAACGAGUGGGAUUUCCAAUAUGCGCAGACAACAAUUUAAAUGAAUGCUCAGAUGUUGGAUGGCACUGGUCAGCUCUCGCUCUACUUACACUGGUACUGUUUCUAUGGUGAGACCAGUUGUUAGUCUAACCUCACCUCUGAUAUAGUGAGAAGUAUCUCCGUUGCUAGCCAUGCUUGCUGGAGUGAUCCAGAACUAUACCAGACUCGUCCGAAAAAUAUGAACAAGGACUGCAAAUUCGAGAGGCCUCCCGGUCGAGAAGCAAACACGAAUCUUGAUUUGGACUUUGGUAACCUCAGUCUGAAUGACACGUGUGAAUCUGGGGUAGAGGUGGGGGUUAGCACAUGUGUCCGACCUGACAGUGUCACUACAAUCACCUGCCCCGGGUAUGUUUCUACAGACGAAGGAUAUGCAAGCAAGUCAAUAUCUUUCACAGACAGAAUGCCCGUUCAGGAGACCGACAACAACACACUUGUGACAUCCAUGAGAUCAGUUGAUAUCUUUCAGGUGUAUCAUCAAGAUAAAGAUGGCGACACGGAUCUUCAUACUGGAAUCAUUCAAGGACAUUCAUCUCUGGUGUUGUUAUUUAUAUCGGCGGCGCCCAACAGUGAGUGGUUGAACAUUACAAACAUGCUUCAACAGACGCCCCUUCACUUGGCUGUUAUUACUUGUCAGGUGAAUAUCGUCCGGCGACUAAUGACGGCCGGAGCAAGAGUUGAUGUUACCGAUAUCCAUGGCAACACACCACUUCACAUUGCAUGUCGCGAGGGCUACCAGGAGAUCGUGGAGUGUCUUCUUCGACCUGUGUAUUAUGAGGAGACACUUCUGAACCAGCAUGAAAUUCCGUACCAAAGGAUACCCCAGGACUUGGAGAAAAGGAACUUUGAUGGACAUACAUGUCUUCACCUGGCCGCCAUGUCGACACAUCUCAAAGUUCUUGAGCUUCUCCUGUCAAAGAAAGCUAACAUCAAUGUCCGUGACGCCACCAGCGGCAGGACAGUUCUCCAUUACGCUUCUGAAACGGGAAACAGAAUUCUUCUUCACUUCCUGUUGUCACAGCGUCAUCUUGACAUUUGUUGCCGAACAUACGGGGGUCAGACUCCUCUCCGUCUCGCAGCAGGGAGGGGUUAUGGGGAUGUCGUUUCCAUCCUCCUCGCCAACGGUGCAGACGUCACAGACAUAGACGGUUCCAAUCAGUCGGACGAUGAAAUGUUUGAUGAUUUUUGUAUUAAUGGACACAUAGUCGCUGUGUAACAACCGUGAAGACGGAAUGUACUGUCAGAUAGAUAUUGUGUAUAUCUACCUCAACUUACUGUGACUCAGACCAAGCUACACACUGUGGUUCUUUUGUUUUCUUGUUGGAAGCGAGAUGAUUCUCCCGUGCGCUUGCGUCCAUGGGUUAGUGUCCCGUUUAACAAUCCCGUUUCAACAAUCACGCAAACUAUAUAACUGGUCCAUUUAUAUCACGGAAUUCCUCGUCUCAGAAGGCAACGUGCAAGAACAACGUCUAAUGGUGGCUGGUAUGAACAUCAGUUGUAUGAUAUUGCUAGCGUUAUAGUUUUGAGUGAUCUGUUAUGUUAUUGUAAUGACUAUGGUAUUUGUUGUUGUCCAAACAAGAUUUACUUUUGCUUUUAAUGAUCUCAUACAUUCGUAGAUUUAGUAGGUGAGGCCAUCACGAAGGUUGUAGAGCUAUUAACGCACUCUAAAUGUUAAAGGAUAUGCAUGCCUGUAUAUAAUCGGUGAGCAAGGCAUAUUUCCCAUUUGUACUUUUAUGGUUAUAUGGCUAAUCACGAAUUUUGUCAAACUCAGCCUGUUUUCCAGAUAUAUAGGUGACUGAAUUUUCA